CUGAGCAUCUGUAACCUGUCAGCACCCAGCUGUGGAGCUGUGUCCUCACUUCUCAGUUCCCAGGCCUUCCGGCUGGUCAGGCUGGACCUCAGUAACAGCGACCUGCAGGAUUCGGAAAGGCAGCUGCUCUCUGACAGUCUGCAGAAACCAAACCACCUUCAGUCUGCCAGGUUGGAGCCUGCUGGAGAACGAUGGCUGACACCAGGUCUGAGGAAGUAUCCCGACGGCUACAUGUCGAUCCGUCAGCACAGACAGAAGUCCUUCUGCUCCAGCACCAUCUCCCACAGGGUGGGGGUGUAUCUGGACCAGCCGGCCGGCUUGCUCAGCUUCUACAGAGUCAGCUCUGGCUCCCUGGUCCACCUCACCAGCGUCAGAGCCGCCUUCCCGGAGCCUGUGUACGCCGGCUUCGCAGCCUGGUCCAGGAGGUCCUCGCUGACCCUGCUCUGA